CGGCCUCCCGAGUCGCUUCGGGAGCCUUGAGCGGGGCGAGCCGCGGUCGGGGGCCUUACGGGGGUGCGUGGUGAAUGGGGCGUGAUGGGGGAGGCCGUGGUGGCCGCGGAGCCUUGCCCGCUGCGCGAGGACAGCUUCACGCGCUUCUCGUCGCAGAGCAACGUGUACGGCCUGGCGGGCGGCGCGGGCGGGCGCGGGGAACUGCUGGCCGCCACGCUUAAAGGCAAGGUGCUGGGCUUCCGCUACCAAGACCUCCGACAGAAAAUCCGGCCUGUGGCCAAGGAGCUACAGUUCAACUACAUUCCCGUGGAUGCCGAGAUUGUCUCCAUCGACACCUUCAACAAGUCACCCCCAAAGCGGGGUCUGGUUGUGGGGAUCACCUUCAUCAAGGAUUCUGGGGAUAAGGGCAGCCCCUUCCUUAACAUUUACUGCGACUACGAGCCUGGUUCUGAGUACAACCUAGACUCCAUUGCCCAGAGCUGCCUGAACUUGGAGCUGCAGUUCACGCCAUUCCAGCUGUGCCACGCAGAGGUCCAGGUUGGGGACCAGCUGGAGACUGUAUUUCUUCUGAGUGGGAAUGACCCGGCCAUUCAUCUUUACAAGGAGAAUGAGGGACUGCAUCAGUUUGAGGAACAGCCCGUGGAAAAACUCUUCCCAGAGCUCACGAACCUGACCAGUAGUGUCCUCUGGCUUGAUGUGCACAACCUCCCGGGCACCUCGCGGAGGCUGUCAGCGCUGGGCUGUCAGAGCGGCUACGUGCGUGUGGCCCACGUGGAUCAGCAGACUCGAGAGAUUUUGCACACCUGGACGGUCCUGCAGGAUGGCCCCAUCUCCCGGGUGAUCAUCUUCAGCCUCUCGGCCCCCAAGGGGAGUAAGGAAGAGCCACAGCAAGAAGAGCACAGUGUGUUGGUGGCCAGUAUGUUGGAGCCGGCCGUCGUCUACCGUGACCUGCUGAGCCAGGGCCUGGAAGAUCAGCUGCUUCUGCCCGGCAGCGACCAGUUUGACAGCGUCCUCUGUGGCUUGGUCACCGACGUGGACCUGGAUGGGCGGCCAGAAGUCCUGGUAGCCACCUAUGGUCAGGAGCUGCUGUGUUACAAGUACUGGGGUCCAGAGUCGGUGCUCCCCGAAGGCGAGAGGGGUUUCCGCCUGCUGUGGCGGCGCAGCUUCCCCAGUCCGCUGCUGGCGCUGGCCCAUAUCGACCUGACUGGGGAUGGACUGCGAGAGCUCGCAGUGGUCUCCCUGAAGGGCCUGCACGUGCUGCAGCACAGCCUGACCCAGGCCUCAGAGCUGGCCCUGAGUCGACUCCAGCAGGAAGUGGAGCAGCGGAGACAGAAGUCACAGCAGCAGGAGGACAGAGAGGGCUAAGGGGAGCCUGACCCCCUGAACUGGGCUCUUCCUUGGGGGCUCCAUGUCCAACCCAGGAAGGAAAACUGUACUUCCCAGAUGCCCUGUGACCCUCUCUGUGCCCCUGUGAAAAUGGGGGUGGCCUCCCCGUCCCCGAUCUCUGCCCAAGCUUGGAGGAACUAACUAAAGUUGCCUGCCCCCACUUUGUUCGCUUGCUUUUGGGGGGUGGUCAUAUCUCUGUGCUAUCCUGCCCCGGGAGUGAGAAUCUCUGUUAACCCGGAACCAGGAUGGGCCAGAAGCUCAGCAAUAGGCCACAGAGGAACUAAA